AUGAGCAUGAGCAUAGACUCGGACUUGGACGCAGAGAAGGUGCUCGACGUCGCUGCUGGUGCUAGCGAGGCCGAUGUGCGCAAGGCUUAUAGAAAAAGAAGUUUGAAAGUACACCCAGAUAGAAACCCAGAUAAUCCUACUGCAGCCGAAGAAUUUCACAAACUGACCAUCGCCGCUGAGAUACUCCUCGAUCCCUCAAAGAGAGCGAAGCUGGCAGACAUCGCCGCCGCGAACAAGGCAAAGGCUCAGCGUUUCGAGAAAUUCGACUCGCGUAGGCAGGAUCUGCAGACAGAGUUGGAGAGGAGGGAGAAAGAAGCGGCGGUGGCUGCGCUCGAGAAGAAGAGCAGGAAGAGAGACGCACAGACUGAGCUGGAGCGUAUACGCGAAGAAGGGAAACGGAUGCGGAUGGAUAAGACGCAGCAGCUGAAUGAAGAUCUAGAAAGAGAAAGUAAGCUGAAUCUGAAUGUGGAUGUAGACAUGCUGCAUAGACCAGAGUCAGAGCCAGAGCCACAUUCACAGGAGAGACUGGUAAGAAUCAAGUGGACGCGUAAAGAUAGACCUGCGUGGACUACAAACACGGUAGAUUCCAAUAAAGGCGCUAUAGCGGGUUCAAUGUCCACUUUUGGAGCUGUUUCCCAAGUGAUACUCCCCCCACUGAAAGAAAGCACAGCGUCAGGGAAAAAACCCAAGAGUGCAUCAGGCAUCGUCGAAUACAACGAUAUAUUGGGUGCGUUUGGUGCAGUACAGAGUAGCAAGAGAGGGGUACUCGAUGGAGUGGCAGUUGAUUGGGUGGGUGGGGUUGAGCCUGAGAGUGUGCAGGAGUUGAGGAGGAGCGGGAGGCUUGAGCAGGCGGGGAAGCAUUCUUCAAUGUCAUUUGCGCCUCCAAAUGUAAACAGCGCACCAACGAUAUCCUACGAAACAGAAACACUGAUGCGGAUGAAAGAGCGCGAGAAACUCAACCAGCAGAUACUUGAGGAGGAGGGUUAUGUGUAG